AUGGGUGUGAGCACGGAGCCCCGGAGCCUCUCGGUCGCCCGGGCCGGGUUCGCGUCUCCCUUGAUCAAGAAGGCGCGCUCAGCGCUGCUACCAUCGCAGGACGUAGAGAACACAGUGGAGACGCUCAUGUUACAUCCAGUGAUUAAGGCUUUCCUCUGCGGCUCCAUCAGCGGAACCUUUUCCACGCUCCUCUUCCAGCCUCUGGACCUCCUCAAAACCCACCUGCAGACUCUACAGCCCUCAGACGUAGGGCCCAGGGGUGUUGGGAUGUUGGCUGUGUUCUUGAAGGUGGUUGGCACAGAAAGUCUUCUGGGCCUUUGGAAAGGGAUGUCUCCUUCCAUUGUGAGAUGUGUCCCUAGCGUUGGAAUCUACUUUGGCACCCGGUAUUCUUCCAAGCAGUAUUUCUUGCGAGGCCAUCCUCCCACUGCCAUGGAGUCUGUCAUCCUAGGCAUGGGCUCUCGCUCUAUGGCAGGAGUCUGCAUGUCACCCAUCACAGUGGUCAAGACACGCUACGAGAGUGGGGCUUACAGCUACGAGAGCGUCUGUGCAGCCCUGCGGAGCAUCUACUGUAGCGAGGGCCGCCGUGGCCUCUUCAGAGGCCUGACAGCAACUCUGCUUCGUGAUGCCCCCUUCUCGGCGCUCUACCUGAUGCUUUACAGCCAGACCAGGGCCACAGUGCUCCAUGGUACAGACCAGCUGGAUGCUGCUCUGAUGCCCCUUGUUAAUGUCAGCAGUGGGAUAUAUGCUGGCAUUCUGGUUUCACUGGUGACUCAACCUGCAGACGUAAUCAAAACCCAUAUGCAGCGCUCCCCAGUGAAGUGUCAAUGCAUUGGCCGAGUGGCCACUCUCAUUCUCAACACCCAUGGGCUGCGUGGCUUCUUUCAUGGCAGUGUUCCCGGGGCCCUCCGUAAAACUCUGAUGGCUGCCGUGGCGUGGACUGUCUAUGAAGAGAUGGUGGCCAGGAUGGGACUCAAGUCCUCACGAGAGAGGGCUGGAAAGGAAGAUCUGCUGCCUGGCUGGUUCCUGGCAUGGCUGCAGCAGCUCACUCUCCUGGAGUCAGGUGAAGAACGCAAGGUCUGA